GUUUAUUCCUCACGCGACAAGAGCACCAUGGCACCCAAGAAGAAGGCUGCGCAGGCUGACAAAGGACGUGUCGAGGAUGAGGUCGAGGAGCCGCUUCAGGCCGUGAUUCUCGCAGACUCAUUCGAGACCCGCUUCAGCCCUUUCACGCUUCAACGCCCUCGCUGUCUACUUCCGUUGGCCAACACUCCCUUGAUCGAAUACACCUUCGAGUUCCUGGCCAAUGCCGGCGUGGAUGAAGUCUUCGUAUACUGCGGCGCCCACACCGACCAAGUCGAGGAAUAUGUUCAGCAAUCAAAAUGGACCUCCAACGUGUCUCCGUUCAACAAUGUCGAAAUUCUUCGCUCCACAUCGAGCUCGAUCGGUGAUGCCAUGCGCGACCUGGAUGCGCGCGCCGUCUUGACUGGCGACUUCUUGAUCGUCUACGGAGAUGUUGUCAGCAACUUGCCCAUCGAAGCCGCAAUCGCCGCCCACCGCCAACGCCGCGCCAAAGACAAGAACGCAAUCAUGACCAUGGUCCUCCGCGAGGCUGGAACUGUCCACCGCACGAAGAUGCAGCGUGUUUCGCCUGUCUUCGUACUCGAUCCUACAAAGAAUCGUUGUCUACAUUAUGAACAGAUGCGACCCAACCAGCCCUCGCACUUGGUCACGCUGGAUCCGGAUAUCCUGAAAGAGCAUGACGAAGUCGAGAUCAGAGAGGACUUGAUUGAUUGUGGUAUUGAUAUUUGCACACCCGAUGUCCUUGCCCUCUGGAGUGACAACUUCGAUUACGAGGCUCCAAGAAAAGGCUACCUUCACAGCGUCUUGAAAGAUUACGAGUUGAAUGGCAAGACUAUUCAUACACACAUCGUCGACGAGCACUACGCAGCCAGAGUUAAGAACCUGAGAGCCUACGACGCCGUCACCAAGGAUAUUCUGAGCAGAUGGGCAUACCCGAUUUGCCCUGACAGCAAUCUGGUGCGUGAUCAGACUUACAGGCUUACAAAGGGGAAUGUCUACCGGGAAGAAGGAGUCGUAUUGGCAAGAUCAUGUCAUAUUGGCGCAAAAACCGUCAUCGGUCGGGCAACAGCGAUUGGAGACGGAAGCGAAAUCUCGAACAGUGUCAUCGGCAGGAGGUGCAUCAUCGGUAGGAACGUCAAGAUCAGCGGCGCAUACAUCUGGGAUGACGCUUCGAUUGGUGAUGGCACAGUGGUCAAAGACGCCAUCAUUGCAAACGAGGCUUCUGUCGGCAAGAAGUGCAACAUCAAGCCUGGUGCCUUGCUCUCGUAUGGUGUCUACAUCUCGGACGGCAUGACGGUCGAUUCUAGAAUUACAAAGAUGAAGCGCGAGUCAGGUUACGAGCAAGAUGAGAUCAUUCGAGGGGAGACGAACAAGGAAGUCGUAGGCGAAAAGGGAGAAGGCUUCGAGUACGAGACGUCCGAGGACGAGGACGAAGACGACCAGGAGCACCACAGCCUGCACUCAGCAAGCAUCUUCAACAUGCAAAACCAAUCGGCCGAGUCAAUCUCAACUCUCAACUCGGAAACUUACAGCGAGGAAUAUGAAGACAGAGCUCAAAGGGGAUCUAGAUCCCAAAGUUUCGGCUCCAUUGGAUCUGUUGAUUCCGAGGACAGUAGAGCUGGCCGUGAGGCUAUCGACUUCCACCACGACGCAGCAGCAAGCAUUUACGAUUCAUUGCAAAAGGGCGACGAAGCAGCCAACAUCCAGCUCGAACUUACGGCACUGCGAAUGUCAGCCAACGCGUCACCACACAUGGUGCGUCGCGCAGUGGUGGCAGCAUUCAUGAAGCGCAUGGCAGGCCUGAUAGAGGAGGGACUCACACCAGCACAGGCGGCCAAGAAGACGAUAUCGACUCAACAAAUGCUGAUCGAACGUACCAUGUUUGACCGUGGCGAUGCUUAUGAAGAAAAGGUUGAUCAAGUCGACUUUUUGCUGCUUGUACAGGCAGAUGUAUGCCACCGUGCAGAUGGAGAGAAGAUCAUGCUUCACGUGUGCAACGAAUUGUACAUGGGCGAUGCGCUAGAGUUUGAGGGAGUGAUGCAGUGGUGGGCAGAUGAGAAGAACGAGGCCAGCGACGAGUUGAAGCAGGUCAAGCUUGCUAUGGGUCAGUUUGUGGAUGCCAUCAAAGCGGCCGAAGAGAGUGAAGAAGAGAGCAGCGAAGAGGAGAGUGAGAGCGAGAGCGAGGAAGGGAGCGACGACGAGUAGUUUAAAGUGGCACGAUACCCAUGAAAUACAAUCUCUUGAAUAUA